AUGGCUUUGUGGACGCCUUACGCCGAUGACAAGGCCUUGGAUUUGUCAACGAAGUGCAAGGUAGAACAAGUGUCACCGGAGUUCUACGCGAAUAAUGUUCCUUACCAUGUACACUCGUAUCAGAACGUGUCCAACGUGCCUUAUCCUUACCACAGCUAUCCGCAGCAGUACAUACCUGCAGCGGAGCCUUCGCCUCUAUCCGGCGGCAGCACGUGCUCGUACAUGACAGCACCCAUCAGCCCUCGGAUAGGGAUGAUCUCGCCCCCAGCAUCGCCGACCUCCCAACACGUAUCACAGCCGAGUGCGAAGCGGCCAAGUUACAUGGUCGAUGUGGAUUCACUGUCCGACGAUCCGGAUUUCCAAGCAUUCGAGAGGGACGCAUUGAGAGUUAUGGCGGAGAAGAACGGAGGGGCUCUCCUCGGUAACAAUCCAAGGAUGAGGAGAGCCGUGCAGACGAGUCAGGCAAUCGACGACUCAUACAGGAAGCAGCGGGAGAGGAACAACUUUGCCGCGAAACAGAGCAGAGAUCGAAGGAAGCUGAGGGAAAUCCAUCUUGCUUUGAAAUUGACUUACUUGAGGAAUCAGGUGGCUAAGUUAAAGGGUCAAUUGGCUUCAAGGUCUUGCAUCCGCUGUCAGCAAACAUAUCCCUACUGA